AUGACUCGUGGAAAUCAAAGAGAUUUGGCUCGUGAGAAGAACCAGAAGAAGAUGGCGGAGCAGAAAAAGCGGCAAGGAGCCGCUGGACAGGAAGGAAAUGCCGGUCUCUCAAUGGACAACCGAAUGAACCGUGACGCCGACAUUAUGCGUAUCAAACAGGAGAAGGCCGCGGCGAAGAAGGCCGAAGAAGCCGCCGCCGCAUCGGCAAACGCCAAAAAAGUCGCCAAAGUGGACCCAUUGAAAAUGUGA